CACACUCACGCAUCACAGAGUAACAGCAGCAGGGUGAGAACAGAGCAUCCCUCAUCCAUCCAUCCUCUCUGGGAAAACAAGGCUGCUUUUUGAAUUAUUGAAGCCGCACAAAAACAAAACCCGUUACAUUAUUAAACAUAAUCGAAGCCGAGAUAUUGCGGAGAUAUACUGAAACCUCGUCGCCAGGAGAGCUCGGUGUGAAAGCAGAAGGACCGUUUCAGCACCUUGGACAGCGACAAUGGCUCCUAUGGUGGAGGACGGAGCUCAGCUCGUGGCAGUACCAGUAGGUGUAGCUGUGAUGAGUGUCUUUGGCCUUGUCUUCACUGUGUCAGCCUUUGCGUGGAUCUGUUGCCAGCGUAAAAACACCAAAUCCCAGAAGACACCUCCCUACAAGUUUGUUCACAUGCUCAAAGGGGUCGACAUCUACCCAGAGAGCCUCAGUGGCAAGAAGAAGUUUGCCGCACCUGCCACCACAACAACAAAUGACACCAGUAAAACUGACGUUAACGGAAACUGCCACACCGUGUCACCUAUGAGUCCGGCUGGCACCGGCAAACUGGCAUCAAGUCCAAACGGUUCCAGACCGGCUCUGCAUCUAGAUCUGGAGAAACGGGAUCUGAAUGGCAACUUCACCACAAAACCAUUUCACCACCACCACCAGAAAGUCCGGAGCUCCCCAGACCUGGAGCUGCCAUCUCCUCAUGCAGGGUUCACCCAACCUGGGGUAACUGACCGCCGUGACCUCGCUUCACCAUCCAGCACCCUCUCCAGCCAGGCACCCACCCCUGCUGUGGACAAGCCCCACGGAGAGGAGAGGGACAGUGGGUUAGGGACUCUCCACUUCUCCCUGGAGUACCAGCCAGAGAAGAAGGCAUUCAUUGUCCAUAUCAAGGAAGCCCAUGGCCUGACCCCAACGGAUGAACAGUCGCUGACCUCUGACCCCUACAUCAAGCUGACCCUGCUGCCAGAGAAAAAACACCGGGUGAAGACCAGAGUCCUGAGGAAGACUCUUGACCCCGCCUUCGACGAGACCUUCAGCUUCUAUGGGAUCCCGCUGGCCCGAGUGUCAGAGUUGGCCCUUCACUUCAUGGUGCUGAGCUUUGACAGGUUCUCCCGCGACGAGGUCAUCGGGGAGACCCUCGUCCCCUUGUCCGGGAUUGACUUGUCAGAGGGGCGUGUCCUGAUGAGCCGAGAGAUCAUCAAGAGGAAUGUCAAGAAGUCCUCAGGCCGAGGCGAGUUACUGCUGUCUCUGUGUUACCAGUCCACUACCAACACUCUGACUGUGGUCGUCCUCAAGGCUCGCCACCUGCCCAAGACUGAAAACAAUGGACCUUCAGAUCCAUACGUCAAGGUGAACAUGUACCAUGGAAAGAAGCGCGUGUGCAAGAAGAAGACCCACGUGAAGAAGUGCUCCCCCAACCCAGUCUUCAACGAGCUCUUUGUCUUUGACCUGCCCUCUGACGAGGGCCUGAGGGACACCAGCGUGGAGCUGCUGCUGAUGGACUCAGACACAGGCAACUCGCGCAGCCCCAACACCGUCCUUGGGCGCCUGGUGCUGGGCACAUCGGCAGCGGGAACUCCCGGCGAGCACUGGAGGGAGAUCUGCGACCACCCGCGUCGCCAGAUCGCCAAGUGGCAUGCCAUGUCAGAGGAUUAGAAUGCCAGGGUGUUGGUGGAUUCUGACGUCCAUCCCAUAUGUGGUCAAACACAAGGGGGAUGGAAUGAAGAUGGGCAGGAUUUAAUGUCCUGCCAACCAGUACUCAUUGGACUUUCAGUGAG